GGAAAACAUCUGCACAGCCGGAUCUGUGUAUCCUGUUUCCGCACAUUCAGUAGUCUGCACCAGGACCUCAGGAAGUACAGUACCUUCCACCCAACACAGUGAGCACAAUGGUGCCUGUCCUGCUGUUCCCGCUGCUUUUUCUGGGUCCUGCAGUCGCCCAGGAGACCCAGGAUGGGCUUUAUUCUCUGACCUACUACUCCAUUGGGAUAUCCAGGCCUAACGAGGGCUUCCCCAGCUUUCAGGCCACUGGCUACCUCAAUGACCAGGCCUUCCUCCACUAUGAUAGUGAAAGUGAAAAGGCUGAGCCCCUGGGCCCAUGGAAACACGUGAAAGGAAUGGUGGACUGGGAGGAAGUAAGUAAAACUCAGAAGGCCAGAGGAGACUUCUUCUUGAAGAACCUGAAAGAUAUCAUGGACCUUUACAAGGACACAGGGAAUCACACCAUGCAGGAAAAGUAUGGUUGUAAAAUCCGGAAUAACAACUACUGUGGGGCAUUCUGGACGAUUGCCUAUGAUGGACAGGACUACAUCAAGUUCGACACAGAAAUCCCAGCCUGGAUCCCCCUGCAACCAAAAGCUCUGAACACCAAGGUGAAGUGGGAGACAGAGGGUUCUGUGUGGCGGGCCAAGAGCUCCCUGGAAGAAGAGUGCACCCAGAAGCUGCAAAAAUACCUGCAAUACAGCAGGACAUUCCUGGACCGUCAAGAUCCUCCCUCUGUGUCAGUCACCAGCCAUGGAGACUUAGGACACAUCAGGAUCCUCAGGUGCCUGGCCUACAACUUCUACCCACGACCAAUCAGUGUGUACUGGACUCAGGCAGGCAACGUAGUGGAGACUGAGUCAUGGGGAGAGGGUUCUCUCAGUGAAAAUGGCACUUACCAGGCCUGGGUGGUGAUAAAAAUCCCCUCUUCAGACAGAGGGCCCUACUCCUGCCAUGUGCAGCACAGCAGUCUGGCCCAGCCCCUUGCUGUCCUGUGGAAUGAGAGGCAGUAAUCUGGGGCUAAAGGCACCUCAGGGUCUGGAGAUCAGUAACCACCCUUUUGUCAGAAUACGGGAGAGAGAAGCUCUAGAAUGACUGUCAUCGCCAUCAGCGAGGCCCAGGGAAGCAAUGAAUUUGGAGACACAAGACUUGAAUGCUGGGCACUGAGAUGACUCACUGCUACAUCCCCCUUAGAACCAAGUAUCUAUUCUGUGAAAUUUAAUCAA